UUCGUCAGCUGCAACUUUCCCCGUCUGAGUCUCGCUCGGAGGUUUCGUAACUCCUUCCUGUCUGACAUUUUUUAUUUUCUUUUCAGCUGAAAUUAUUAACUGACUGUGAUUCUGUCGUGUCCGCGAGACCCGUGUAUGUUUGGGUUUUUUUUUCUUUCCUCCCUCAACCUUAAGUCUGAUCGCAAAAGCUGUGGUCCUCUGAGUCCGGACUGUUCUCAAGCACCUCCUCCAUCGCUCCACUCCUGCGGUGGUGGUACGACUCUCGAGCAGCAUGACACAUUUGCCAGGAUUUGUGAGUUGAUUGUGCUCGGCGAUUAAGGCUCUGAAUGCUUCAGUUCAUGACUGAGAUGUUCUCCUGAGUUAAAAUUUCACAUUUCAACGAAGGCUAUCCUGAGAAUUACUCACCUGACAACACAUAAUGGCUUCAAAUAUAAUUGUGGAACAGCAGUUUUCUCACAAAUUCACAGUGAAAGUGGUUCGAGCUGAGAGCGUUACCAAGGGAGCUCUGGGUGACCUGCUGGACACCCCAGAUCCAUAUGUGGAGCUGUUCAUCCCAACAGCCCCAGAGAGCAGAAAGAGGACCAAGCACAUAGACAACGACAUCAACCCAAAAUGGAACGAGACCUUUCAUUUCAUAUUAGACCCCAACCAGCAGAACGUCCUGGAGUUAACAUUAAUGGACGCCAAUUAUGUGAUGGAUGAAACACUUGGGACGGCGUCCUUCGACAUCACCAAGCUCAGAGUGGGCCAGACAAAGAUGGAGACUUUCCUUAUUGGCAAAGCAACCAAAGUAUACUUAGAGAUGUCACUGGAGAUCUGUACCAACCUGGACCUGCGGUUCAGCCUGGCCCUGUGUGACAAAGAGAAACAGUUCAGACAGACCCGCAGAGAGAGAGUGAUGCUGGGCAUCAAGAAGCUGCUAGACAUGGAGAAGCCUCGUUUCCUCCCCAGCUCUCCAGGGGAGGUACCAGUUAUAGCCAUAGCAGGCUCAGGAGGCGGUUUCCGUGCCAUGGUCGGCUUCUCGGGUGUGAUGAAGGCCCUGUUUGAAUCAGGGGUCCUGGAUUGUGCCACGUAUAUUGCAGGCCUCUCCGGAUCCACAUGGUACAUGUCCACUCUCUACUCCCACCCUGACUUUCCAAAUAAGGGCCCGAAGGACAUCAACAAGGAGCUGAUGAAGAGAGUUAGCAGUAACCCCCUGAGGCUGUUGCUACCUCAGCACAUCACCAACUACAUCCAGGCCCUGUGGACCAAAAAGGCUUCAGGGCAGCCUGUUACCUUUACCGAUAUUUUUGGUAUGCUCAUAGGAGAGACGCUUAUACCCGCGAGGAUGGACAUCAAGCUAAGUGACAUCCAGGAGAAAAUAAACCAGGCACAGAGUCCCCUUCCUCUCUUCACAUGUCUGCAUGUCAAGCCAGAUGUUUCGGAGCUUAUGUUUGCAGACUGGGUGGAGUUCAGCCCAUAUGAAAUUGGGAUGGCGAAGUACGGUACCUUUAUGACGCCAGACUUGUUUGGAAGCAAGUUCUUCAUGGGAACUGCGGUGAAAAAAUAUGAGGAAAACCCUCUUCAUUUUCUAAUGGGCGUGUGGGGAAGCGCCUUCUCGAUUCUGUUCAACAGAGUGUUGGGAGUCAAAGACACAGCUGGUGGCAGCACCAUGGAGGAGGAGUUAGAGCAGAUCAAACCGCAGCACAUUGUUGGAGAAGACAGUCUGGACAAUGACGACGAGCCACGCAAAGGUGGGACAGAAAACCAGGAGGCAGAGGACGAGUUUCAUCGCACCGCUCAGGCCAGCUGGGUUCAGCGAAUGUUCACAUCGCUCUUCAGUGACUCUGCCUUGUUCAACACAAGAGAGGGCCGGGCUGGAAAGGUGCAUAAUUUCAUGCUGGGCCUGAACCUGAACACCAGCAUCCCUUUCUCUCCAGUUACUGAGGUCACGUACCACACUUCUCCACCGGAGGAGGAGGUGGACGCUGUCACAGACCCAGAUGAGUUUGAUCGUAUCUAUGAGCCUCUGGAUGUGAAGAGCAAGAAGAUCCAUGUGGUGGACAGCGGCCUGACCUACAACCUCCCUUACCCUCUCAUCCUGCGGCAGCAGCGUGGUGUUGACCUCAUCAUCUCCUUCGACUUUUCUGCACGGCCGAGCGACUCCAGUCCCCCUUUCAAGGAGCUUCUGCUAGCAGAAAAGUGGGCUCGAAUGAACAAGCUCCCAUUCCCCAAGAUCGAUCCUAAAGUCUUUGACCGUGAGGGCCUGAAGGAAUGCUAUGUCUUCAAACCAAAGAAAGGAGAAAAGAACUGCCCAACUGUUAUCCACUUUGUCCUGGUCAACAUCAACUUCAGGCAAUUCAAAGCGCCUGGCGUUCCCAGAGAGACUGAAAAGGAGAAGGAGUUGGCAGAUUUUGACAUCUUUGACGACCCAGAGACACCUUUCUCCACUUUUAAUUUCCAGUACUCCAACGAGGCCUUCAUCCGACUCCAUGAUCUCAUGGAGUUCAACACUCUCAACAACCUGGAGGUUAUUAAAGAAGCCAUCAAGGACUGCAUUGUCUCCCGGAAGGAGAACCCCUCAAGCCUCUCUCUUCCCUUUUCCCUCAGCGAGAUCCCGAAAAAGAAGUUUCUCAGAAGAGAUCCUCCCUCAAAACCUUGGAAUCACUUGGGAGAUGAUAACCAGUAGCCAUGUUUGGCUGAACUGGAGACUUUAGGGAUUUUUGUAGAUUCUGUCUUAAAGUAAAUCAUUUUCUUUUUGGAAAAUGCCAUCAUGUUGAUCUCUUCUCUGUAGACUUUAAAUCAGGAGGCUUUGUUAAACUCUGAUUUGAGAUGAGUGUCUCUUAAGAACCUUAAUGUUUACUGGUAAACGCCUUAUGAUUGCAUUCAUAUACAACACAGUGAGAAUUUUCAUCUGGCUGUAUUUGCACCAAUGUGACUGCUGGGAAAAACUGUUGGUGUUUAUUGACCACAAACAGCUGAUGGUUGCUCUAACUGCUGGCUGUGAGAAAGACUGGAUGUUGAAUACACUGCAGUGUGACUGGAUUGUUGCACCUAACACCUGGCUCCAUCACAAACAACAGAAGAUGGUUAAUCCUAUCUUUUGGGUAUCUUUUUUUUUUUUUUUUAACAUUUGCUGAGAAUCCCAAACUAUUCUUUUAGUUCUUCGUGUUUGAAAGAAGUGUGCUCAUCCACCUUGCUCUAUUGUGUCAUGUAAAUUUCUAUGCCAGCUACAACAUUCCCAAUUCAUGCAAACACCUCUCAGCUUUAGCUCACGCUGCCCAGAGCGAUGCUGCAUUUGCAUCUUUCCUGUUACUUUGUAUGCAGCCUUUCUGUUUCUAAACUUUGCCUUGAGCUCUGUGACAGCACUGUAAAAAGCCUCACCUGCACUGUACCUGUUUGUGAGCUGUUCUCUUUCCAUAUUGAACGUGUGACUACAGAGAAUGCAAAUCGCCAUGUUUUUGUUUUUUUCACCGGAUGGCUGGUCUAAACAUGUAAUCCUGUUUGAAAACAUGGAAGAGGAGCUUGUAACCAUUGGUUGUGUUUGAUGGUAACUCCUAAACACACCAAGUGCACCCCCUCUGGAUACCUCAAACAUCUCAAUGAUGUUUACCCACCUACAGGGAAGGAGCACUCCCUGCUCCCCUGUAGGGAGUGUCUCAUACUAGAACCACCAUUUUGGAAAAACAAAACUUGAUACCAUAGAAACGGUUUCGCUUCUUGUCUCCCUUUCUCUUUCCCUCCCUCUCUCUACAAGAGGAUAAAGUUGUGUUUACUUUUCUGACCAUGCUGUCUCAGGUGUCCUUUUAUAUAUAGUCACUUUAGUCAUUAGUCAUUUAGUUAUUUUUGGGCAACUUCCUCCUCCAGCAAAGCCAAGUCGCAGCAGAUUCCUCAGACGCCCCCGGAUGAUAAAGGGGAGCUUAGGUGGGACCAAAGGAAGGUUGGGUGGUGUGGUGAGUGCGAUCACGAGACCCACUGGUGGUUCUCUGCAGCACUCAGUGGAAUUUUACACACUACACCUACACCUGCAGCAGUGGAGGCCUGGAAUCUGACACGUUACACCUAUACCUGUAGGGGCCCGGAGGCUGCACACAGAGAAGUGGAAUUUUACACUGAAGCGCUUCCGACCCCUGUAUACUCAUGUUUCAGCCUCACUGGUUUGGAAGAAACUGAGAAAAGAAAGUGUUCUGCAGUCCUGCUGCAGGAUUCAUAACCAACAAACCUUUGCAACUUUCAUUUACGCUGAAUGUUUUUAGCAGAUGCUUUGUGACAGUUUUUUUUAUUUAGGCAUUUUCUGUAGUUAACAACAUUGUUUUAUGUUUCCUUUGAAGAUUUUUUUUUUCCUUUUUUUGAUGUUUUGUUCUGUAUUCACUUUAUUUCAUUUAUUUGAAAUUACUCUCAUAUUUGUCCGUUACAUACAGAAAGCCAAAGUCAUGACGUCACGUCUGUGCUAGCCUCCGUUCCCCAGCCUAUGUAAAUCACUGCAAUCCCCGGUUCAACAUUUUUUUUUCCUUUGUGAAGCGUUUUCUUGUCCAAGAAAAAUCGACUUCCACUGCAGCACUAAAUAUUAGAGGCUGGAACUUUAACGGAGUUAAACGAGAGCACAGAAAAAAACUUUCAGCUUGGGAAAACAAGCAGCACUUGAACAGAGCCGGGUUAACUGCUUCCCCUUCCCCUUGUUUUCCCUUCAGUCUUUAAGCUGAUUGAAGCUAACCGGCUGCUGGCUGUAGUCUCAUAUGUAAUGGACAGAUAUGAGAUCUUUCCAUCUGUGCCAGUUCACACAAACUGCAGAUAAAUUUCCCUAAAUGUUGAAAUGAAAUAUUCCUUUGAAAAAGAGCACAUGCUCAAAAUUACGUUCAACAAAACAAGCGUUAAGCGUUUUGUGAAUCCUGUCACACUCUGUGAGCUCACGUCACACUUUCUUUGUCUUUGUAGCAUUAGGUUAAUUAGAAAGCAUACGUGAACUGUGCAACGGUGUCAUAUUAUAUUUUAUGAUCUUUUACAAUGUUUACAAAUGUAUAAAAUGCUAAACAGUCAGUUCUAGGGAAUCGAGACAUGUACUGAUCUUUAAUCAUUCGUAUGUUAACUGGCCAAGCAUGACAUGCAUAAUGUUUAUGUGGAUCAUAAAAAGACAAUAAUAAAAGAGGGAAUGGA